GGCGGAGGCGACAGCAGCCCAGGCUGCGUUCCCGGCCAGGCCAGGGAAGGGGUGACCCAAGGAGGGCCGGGGCGCUUCAAGCCUCGCGUCCACUGGGUCGGCGGGCCCGCGCCGGCCCGGGCCCAUGGCGGCGUCGGCGGCUCUGUCGGCGGCAGCGGCCGCGGCGGCCCUGUCGGGCCUGGCGGUGAGGCUGUCGCGCUCGGCGGCGGCCCGCGGCUCGUAUGGCGCCUUCUGCAAGGGGCUCACGCGCACUCUGAUCACCUUCUUCGACCUGGCCUGGCGGCUGCGCAUGAACUUCCCUUACUUCUACGUGGUGGCCUCGGUGAUGCUCAACGUCCGCCUGCAGGUGCGGAUCGAGUGAGCGCGCGCCGCCGCAGCCCCGGCCAGAGGGUCCCGCGGGCCGGGCCGCCGCGGGCAGGGGCGCAGGCAUGGACGACGGCCGCCGGGACGCGGCGCGGGCAGGGGGCGGGGCGGCCCGGGCCCCGGGGCCCUAGACCCCCGCAGGAGGACGCCGGCCACCCGGCCGUGGGCCCGCCCUGCCCGGCCCUGGCCCGCGACCCCCCGCCCGCAGCAUGGCCGGUGACCGAUUGCACAGAAACUCAACAAACGGGCCCCUUCUGUCGAGCUCGAAAGAAAGAAAAAAAAAAACGAUUUAAGUGCCGCCGACCUGUUGCCUCACGUUGGCCAGAGGCGGGGAAGCAGCAAGGAAAAAUUCUGCAGCAGGGACUUGACUGGCCUCAGUCUUCAAGGAGCCCCUUCUCUGGCCUUGUCAAGAGACUCCAAUCCCUGCCCACGGGGUGCCCCUGGCCCCACAGCCGCCUGGGAAGCAGCUGGGCAAAAGGCCUGGGCCAGGAGGAGAGAAAGGACCUUUCAGGCAGAGGCACUGAGGGGUGGGGUACCCAGUGGUCCAGUUGUUGCAUGGGGAAGGACUCGACCCUGUCAUCUCAGCACUAGAUCUCCUAGCAACACUUUGAAGGAGUUCUGUUCUCCCCGCCUGAUGAUUGGAAAAACUAGUUCUGGGACAGGGAGAGAUUGUCCUUGUCAUACGGAUAAGAAGUGGUGGAGCUGAAUCUGAUCUGCCCCCAGACUUUGAGAAAACCUGGCAUGGCUCAGGCCCCCAAGCCCAGGAUCACUCCGAGAACCUUCUCUGGAUGGGCUUGGAUUGGUCCCGGAGGACCCAGGUGUACUGCUACCUGGUGCACCAGGAUGGCCAGGCAUGGCCCCAAGGGGAGCCAGGAAAGACCCCUGUCCCACAGCUGCUCUGCCACUGGUUGCUCUCGGCCCCCACGCUCUGAAUUCCUGGACCUGAAAACCAAAGCAAUCUGGUCAGCCCCAGGGACAGAGUGGCCCAGUGUCACACCUCCUGCUCUCCUCCCUCAGCUGCCAAGCUGGAAGCCUGAUCCUGACUGAAGAGCUCUGCCUGCCUCACCCCGGGGACUGAGGCCAGACAAAGCCACCAUGUGUCCCCUGCAGCUCCCCACAGGGUGUGAUGGCUUCCUUCCUUGUGCCUAGUGUCCUGAGGUCCCUGAUCCGGGUGGCGCCUCCCAUACCCCAACCCUUUCCACCGAGGUCCAGUUCGGGAAGCAUGCCAGCCUGCUGACUCCAUCUACAGAUGUCUGGGGACAGCCUUCAACAGCCACCUGGGGCUGUCUGAGAGGAGAGGACGAGGGGCCUCCUUAGGGCUGAUCCACUGAUGUGCCCCUUUCAAGACCCCCGUCUCACCCUCGAGUGACCUGCUCCCCAGCUGCAGCCUUGUGGCUCAGGUGGAGCUGCCUGGGGCCUGUGACAUCUCUUACUCGCGGAGAGGGGUGGGGGGAGCCUCAGGGCCCCUGGCCCGCGGCCCCUCCCCUGCAGGAAGGUCCAUCCUGUGCCACCCCCUCCCCCAAGGUACAGGGUGUCCCAGAGCAGCCCCCAAGGGUCAGGGGAGGGGAUGCACGUCUUUCGCCCGUGUUCCUGCCACUGCUUUUCUGACCGGUUUGGCCUUGAGUACUUGGCACGCUUCUUCCCCACCCCUUCCCUCUCCCGCACUGGGCCCUGGCUGCCUGACAGGCUCUCCAUGCACUUUAUUUAUUUGCAGUCUGUGUUCCAGGCGGCAGAGCUUCUACAGCAUCAGAGCCACGGGCUGAAUAUGAUGACUGUCACUUUCCCGCGUGUGAUUAACUGCUGGUCAGCGCCGUCUGCUCAGAGGAAUGGGCUCGUUUCUGCUGUCAAAUCCUGUCACUCUUAAGUUAAAAAGAAAACCCUCCCUAAGUUCAAUAAAAUGAAAUACAAGAGGAGGCCA